AUGGCACCUUUUUUUCCUCUUCUUUCCAGCGGACCGCGGGAGGACUCGGUUUUGUUCAAACAUUUGCGUCCGUCUCUUUCAUCUUGCCUCCUACUCGUGAGUCUCUACGCCUUCGUUGCCCAUCUUCUCCCCUUUUUUCCGGCUGCCCCUCUGGCGUCGCCUCUGCUGCCUGCGGUUCUUUCCGCGUCCGCCUCCGGCAACGUCGCUGGCCAGUGGACCGGCUUGUUCAACGUUCCGUCUCUUUUCUCGAACGGAAACUCCACGCUGCACUUUUCCAGAGACGCUUCUGGGGUAACUGACAGGUCCGACCCACCGCCUGCCUCUGCCGUCCAGCAGCCUUCCUUGCCCCCACCUGGCGUAGCACCCCCGGCAGGCGCCCCCCGCGUUUCCGCAGACAUUUCUGCGACGACUGAAGCAUCAGCAGGUUCCAACGAGGCGGACGCCUUGCCGGCUUCUCCCAGUUCUCCUUCCUCGCCAGCUUCAGCAGCGCCUUCGCUCUCGACCCAAGAUGAGGCGGACGAAAAGAAAGAAGACAAGGCGACCCCCUCCAGACUGGCGACGGCAGCUCCUCCGACGGCCGCCGAGGGCCUGGCAGCCUCGUUCACCAACGUCAACAUGCUGUUGCUCGCGCUCUGCCUUCUCUGCUGCUUCACUCUCGGGUACUUCAUCCACAUGAAUGUCAUUCCCCACCUCCCAGACUCUGCUGCCGCCAUGCUUACCGGCGUCCUCUUCGGGCUCCUCGCCCGGCUCUUCGGCCCAUCCCCGUCGGAAAACUCGUUCCUCCACUUUGACCCUCAGUUCUUCUACUUCGUGCUUCUGCCUCCCAUCGUCUUGGAGGCCGGCUUCUGUCUAAACAAAGCUGCGUUUCUGUACAACCUCGGCGCCAUCCUUCUUCUCUCCAUCCUCGGCACACUGCUGUCGACUGUGGUGGUGGCACAAAUUACUUUUUCGACUGCCCACAUCUCCGGCUUGGAGGGCCCGGCGCAUGAAAUUCGAGGCUUCUCGUGGGCGUUUGCCUCCUUGAUCAGUGCCACCGACACGGUCGCGACGCUCAGCAUCAUUGGAAGUCCUAAAUUUCGGCUGGGGAAGAAGGGCGUGGACCUCUACAGCAUCUUGAUGGGGGAGAGCGUUCUGAACGACGCAGUGUCCAUAGCGCUUACUCGCAGCGUUCUGAAACUCUUCUUCACCUCCGACGCGGCUGUCGCCCAGAGGGUCUCUGGCAUCGAUGUGAUCGCGGACUUUGUGGCUGUCGUCGUCGGAAGUCUCGUUGUUGGCCUCGGCAUGGGUGGCCUUUGCUGUUUUUGCUUCCGUCACUCUCAGCUGAAAAAGCUUCCGGAGUACGAGGUGGCGAUCACGCUGCUGACGGCCUACAUGGCGUUCGGCGUCUCCGAGUGGCUUGGCUUCUCAGGCGUCGUUGCGCUGUUCUUCUGCGGAGUGAUGCUUGGACACUUCAACGUACACAAUCUCUCAAAGAAAUCGAGAUACUCGAUCGACACUGUCUUCAAGACCAUUGCGCUGAUAAGCGAAAAAAUUGUCUUUGCAUAUCUUGGCGUCGUUGCCGCCGUAGGCGUCGGUGAAAGAACUUUCAACAUUUUCUUCGUCCUCAUCUCCCUCGGCGCAUGCGCAGUCAGUCGCGUCGCCUGCGUCUUCCCUCUCUGCUUCGUCAGCAACAAAUUCAGGCAAGAGGAAGAGAGAAUCGACUGCGGCCAACAAGUCCUGAUGUGGCUAGCUGGCUUGCGCGGCGCCGUCGCUUUCGCACUCGCCAUGACAAUUCCCUGCAGCCACGACAUGUGGCGUGCCGUUUGCAGACACAACAAAGAUCUGGUGGUGACGACGACGCUGGUCUUGGUGGCGAUAACGACUCUGGGAGUCGGUUCGAUCCUCGAGUACUCUGCCCUGAAGUUGGGUGCAGUCUUGCCGCGUCGCGACAACGCCGAGGGGUCUGCGGCUUUGCUGCUGCAUUCCCCUUCGGGAGACGGGCGCCUCCGCGCUCGCUCCAGCGAGGAAGGCCCAGAAGAGAGGAGACUGAGAACUCGAGAGACUUCAGAGACCUCUGCAGCUCCUCCAUGCCGCGCGUCCACCUCAGGCGCCGCAGACGUUGUCUCCGAGCUCGCGAGCGCGCCUGCGGCAGCCGGCAGAGAAGACGAAGGAACAGAGCACGAAGGCCGGCAACCACGAGGAGAAGGAAGACUCGACACACAGACAGAAGAGCACGACUCCUACGCACUCCAGUGGCAUGCGCACCAGUGGGAGAGAGAGAGAGACUUCAGAUCUCAGGUUGAGCGCCGCCCCCGUGUCCCUGAUACUGGCCUCUCCAGAGAAGAAUUCGACGAACGCGGGCGUCCUGUGAGUGCAUGCGUUCGUUUUCUUUACCGACUCGACCGGGAAUAUCUUCAGCGCUGGCUCGGAAGCGGCGAGGAGAGCGACGUAUCCGAGGAAUUUGAUUUCGCAGAGUCGCGCGCCCGGCGGCAUGCGUGCACUCCAUUCGUCGCGUCUGGACACCAUAGAGACGCCGAACUGGCAGAAUCGAGCUUCUUCUCGAAAGGCUCACAAGCGCCUUGA